AUUUGUGUUGCUGGAAGUCACGAACGGUCACGAAGCACGUUGCUGUCUGCCAGUUAACAAACGUCAGUGGACAGGGAAGCAUGGCGGAAGAGAAGAGCACCUGGAAACGACCGGAUUCUCUUCAGGUCCCGACAGUCUGGAGAAGAUGCGAGGGUCUCUUGCAGAUGUCAGAUGGGAAAAAGCCAAAAUUUAUUAUACAAGAUUUGGAUGAGGAAUAUCUGGAGGAAGCCAUAGAACUAAUGUCUACGUGUUUCUGUAAGGAUGAAGUCAUGUUCAGUGCGUUGAAAAUCAUCGAUGACCCUAUUUCUAUGGAGGAACUUAAAAAUCUGUGGAGAGAUAUGUCAAGACAAAAGGCCGCUUUGGUAGCGCUCACAGAUGACGGAUCAGCUCGUCCUCGAGUCGUUGGUGUAAACAUGACCUAUGUCUGUCGCAUACAGGACAAAUAUUCACCUGAUGAUUUCAGAGGCACCGCGAUGAAGGCAAUGGCACGAGAUGGGAUGGUGUUCGUGUGCAACUAUGUGAACAUAUUCAAGCUGUACGGAGUGACGGAGUUUCUCGGAGCCUUCGGACUUGUCGUUCACCCACAUUACAGGGGCCAAGGCCUAGGAGUGGAGAUUCUAAGAACGAGGAGGAGUCUCGGCAAGGCGUUGGGAUUGAAGGUCACUAUGACCUUCUUUUCCACUGUCCAAGGACAGAAGUCUGCAGAGAAAGCAGGCAUGCAACUUUUAGCACAACUUCCUUACAGCAUCUUCAAGACGGAAGAUGGAAAAGAAGUUUAUCCUAUCAGUGUACCCAAGACUUUGAAAAUCAUGGCAAUGCGACUCGAUUAGUGUCUGUAUCGUUAGCCUUGUUGAUGCGCAUGCUCGUAGUUAUAGAGAGAAACUGGUUGCAUGAAAUCAAGGGACUGGUUACGGAACACACUGGGAAAUUCCAAUGGGCGUUAGUCAGAAGUGGCAGCAAUAAAAAAGUUGAAAAUGUG